AUGAAAGAAAAUAACGCUAAAUUGGUACUCAACCUAAUUCCAAUUACUUCCUGGUGGAAAAAUGCUCGCAGUAAAAUAAAAGAAAGUGAAUGGGAUAUUAUAAGAAAGAAAGUAUACCAACAGGCAAAUUAUAUUUGUGAAAUCUGUGGAAUUAACGAGCAAAAUUAUUUAGGGAUUAAAAAAGUUAGGUUAGAAGCAAUUUGUCGCCUUUGUCAUUUGUCUCAACAUAUGGGAUUUGCCUCAGUAAUUGGUAGAGAUAGAGAAGCCAAAGAGCAUUUAAAAAAAGUGAACAGACGCAACGCAAAUGUCUAUUUUCCUGAAAAAACUUAUAACAAACUUCGGCAAAUUGCUGGACCGAAAAUUAGUCGUUUU